GCGAAGCGUUCAUAGUUUUUUUUUUUUUUUUUUAGUUUUUAAACUAUUUAAAGUGACUGAAUUGGGGGGGAAAGUAAUUGCUACCAAGGAGGAAACACGAGCAACCUCAUGACAACCUUUUUUUGACAGUUGACGUGGAGCGGCUAAUGCUAACGCAAACACCGCGUCUUCAACAAAGCUCCUUUGGCAACGAAAAGUCACCAAACAGUAUGGACUCCAAAUCAAACUCGCCCGAGUGCGACUUGAGCAGCACAGCCGUGAUCUUCUCCACUUCUGCCUCUGUGAGAAACAAACAGGGGACUGCAGCAGAUACAGUAACACAACACACACACACUAAUGCAACACAUCCACAUGCACAUCAAUUGUGAGUCAGCACUGCAGGAAGAGAACACUGCAAGCACUGAGUGUCCACUCAACUUAAAGAGGGGGCGAGUGGAUAAGUCAAGCCAUCAUCUGUAAAUAGCAUAUUUUCUCCAAAUGAGCCUGCCUCAUCUGGCAGCACACUUUAGUCCCUAUUUUCCAUUUAAAAGGCUGUAGGUUUACAGACUGAAUGAAGAUUAUGUCUGGACUGAGCUCCAUUUAGGCAGAAUUCUGAAGAACUCUUCAACAUGACUAUUUUAUGACCCCCCUCACUAAGAAUGCACUUUAAUCCUAAAAGGAUCAGCAGGUUAACUGAUCAUGUGACAGCUUCUAUUUUCAACCUCGGCAUUUUCAGUUCCCUUCACCGAAAACGGGUUCGAUGCUGCCAUGAUGGUGUGAAAUGCAACAAAUAAUGCCAACUUAAUCUACGUGCCAGUGUUUUGGUUCCGUUAUGAUUUGUUCCCAGUUCGAACCCGGAUAUAAAGUGUUUAGCAUUUAGCCUGAUGACUAGCAGUCAUUAAGUGCUAGCAUAUUUAAGCGGCUCGGUUAAACAGCACGGAGAGUGUCAUUCACGCGGAUCCAGAGUGGGAGGGUUAUUCAAAUCAAAAAUGCUAAUUGCUCUUCUGAGAAGAACACUCACCAAUGUUACGUAACCAACCGGGCAAUCUUGGAUGACAAUGACCGUCCUAAUCAGUCACCAAAGGAUCAGGAAAAAAAACUGGCUGCAACUUUGGAGAUGUGCAUCGGAAAUGUCGCUCGAGGCCGAAGUGCCUUCUUGCAAAUUCGAGACAAUUCGCCUCUACAUUUUGCAGCCAUGGCUCCCACGGUCACCGAUGACACUCCAUGAAAGAGAGACACUGCAGCAUCGCCGACGGAGACGCUCACUGCACGGCCCCUAAAUGUAUUGGACUGUGCAAAGGCUGUGGACCCUCUGUCUCGUCAAUGCAUAUAAGCCACAAAUGACUUGAUAAACAUGGGAAACAAGCAGACUAUUUUUACAGAUGAACAGCUUGAUGCCUACCAGGAUUGUACUUUUUUCACUCGCAAAGAAAUCUUACGGUUGCAUGGUCGAUACCACGAAUUGGCCCCUCAUCUUGUACCAAUGGACUACACAAAAGAUCCUGAUUGUAAAUUACCUUUAGCCUUGAUAGUCAACAUGCCAGAGUUAAAGGAAAAUCCAUUCCGUAACAGGAUUGUCGAGUCUUUCUCAGAGGAUGGGAUGGGGAAUCUCAGCUUCAAUGAAUUUGUGGAUAUGUUCUCGGUCCUCAGCGAAAUGGCUCCGCGGGAACUGAAGGCCAUAUACGCUUUCAAAAUAUACGAUUUCAAUGUGGAUAAUUACCUUUGUAAAGAGGACCUGGAAAAAACUCUGAACAAGCUGACAAAGGAGGAGUUGACUCCGGAGGAGGUGCAGCUGGUGUGCGAGAAGGCCAUCGAAGAGGCCGAUUUGGACGGAGACAAUAAACUCUCCUUUGCUGAUUUUGAAAAUAUGAUAUCAAGGGCUCCUGAUUUUUUAAGUACUUUCCACAUACGAAUCUGAGAGGGCUCCACGGUCAAGUCGAGCACAGUGCCUGUCCGUCCGCUACUCCGAAUCAUCCCGUCCGUCUUGUCCAGCUUCCGCUGCCCCUCGCCUCCGCGACGUGUGCCCGGGUAGAGCGCAACACACACACACACACUGGGGUGGAGUGGAAUUCUCAGGAUGCUGGAUGUCGUAACAGUCAUUCAAUCGCCACCGACGAAAGGGCUCGGCCCGGGUUGCUCCGUUGAAUGAACGAACGAACUCGAUGCAGACGGCAAGCGAUGGAUUUUGGGGGCCUUUACGGCCCAUCCGCUAAUGCAUAAAAAGUGAAUCUACCUACUGUAUAUUAUUGCACAUGACAUCCACCUCGCUCUCGGUCUUUCUAGAUAUCGCGUAUCUAUUGGAUGACUGUGCAGCAGAUCAGCGAGGGCAUCAACGAGCGACAGUAUAUGCACUAUUUGUAAAAAUGCAUGGUCCACUUCUGGCUCUUUUGCGGCGUAUCGCUUCUUUCAUGUUAUGCUCGUGGAACUGUAACAUAAUGACAAUCGUAUUUUAAUUUCCUCCAGCUGAUUGAAGGGCUAGCUUUCCAUAUUCUGCCUUGGCCAUUACCAUGAGGUGUUCCUUACAGCCCUUUUUUUGAAGAGACAUUUUUCAAGUUUUACAUGGAUUGCAUUAUUGGGAAUAAAUGUCUUCUCUGUCA